AUGGAUCUUGUUCGGAAGGAGCAUGAACGGCUCACUAAGAGGCUGAAGGCUUCUCAGAAUAUUAAAAAUGUGCAAGACACGAUAGAUCUAAUUCAAGCAGCGCGAGACACGAUCGCCUCUGAUCCAGGCCAAGCAUCCAUAACUCUAGCAAAGCUCCAGAAUUCAGUCAAAUCAUCAUUCGACUCGAUCAAUGACAACCUCAAGGAACACCACAGCGCUCUGAACAAGUACAGCAAAGCCCUAGAUAAGGUCUUGUCUCCGAGUUAUUUCUGCAUAUCUGGUGCUCUCGAAACUGACACUGUGCAGCUUUUCAAAGAUAAACCACUUCCGAGCACCGAGCAUGAUGCUUUAUCUUCUCGAGAGCAUCUCAUCAACCGCGCAAUCGCGAUGCACCUGUUACGAGAGGGACAGUUCUCUGUAGCCGCAACCUUCCUUUCCGAAAUAGCCGAAAAGAAAGCUUCGAGGCGAGAGAACGAUAUGGAUACGGAUGGCCCAGAUGCCGCCAGGAGUCUUCUCGAUAUCGACGAUGUUCCUUCGGGCGAAGUUCGCAAACAAUUUGCAACGAUGUAUCACAUACUACAUGAGAUGAAGGAGAACAAUAACUUGCUUCCGGCUAUACAAUGGUCAAGGGAAAACAAAGAAUCUCUGGAGGCACGAGGCAGUAACCUUGAAUUCGAACUGUGCCGGUUACAGUUCGUCUGGCUCUUUCAUGGCGGACAAGGCCCUGCUGUCGCUGGUCCGCAGGCUGCAUUGGAGUACGCCAGGCGCGAAUUCCAUGUUUUUCUCCCCAGGUACUUGGUGGAAAUUCAGCAGCUGAUGGGGGCAAUGGCGUUUUCUCCAAAUCUCCAAGAGUCGCCUUAUCGGAAUAUUUUCGACAAUCCGUCGGCAUGGUCUGAUGUGGCGCAAUCUUUCACUCGGGAGUUCUGCUCACUGCUGGGUUUGUCUGCCGAUUCGCCACUAUACAUAGCCGCUACUGCCGGUGCGAUAGCGCUACCCACUCUCUUGAAAUUGCAGACAAUUAUGAAAGCAAAGAGGACAGAGUGGACCACGCAAAACGAACUUCCAGUCGAAAUUCCACUUCCACCCUCUUACCUAUUCCAUUCGAUCUUUGUCUGUCCGGUCUCCAAGGAACAGUCUACAGACGAGAAUCCCCCGAUGAUGAUGCCCUGCGGUCAUGUUAUUGCAGAAGAGUCGUUGAAACGACUUUGCAAAGGUACAAGAUUCAAGUGUCCUUAUUGUCCCAAUGAGAGCCAUCCGCGAGAGGCAAGGAAGGUCUUCCUAUGA